UUUUACUUGAGUCAUUUUCUAUUAAGGUAUAUUUACUUUGACUCAAGUAUGACAAUUGGGUACUUUUUCCAUCACUGGUUUGAUGUCAUGUUUCAGUUUAACAACUUCCUCUUUGCACAGCAUCAGGGUAGGGUUUGAAUUACCUCUUUGAAACACUUGCUUCACACAGUAAGCUCUCUGCCUGAGAUACAUUAACUGGCACUAGCAUAGCGUUAGGACCGAGCCUGGACCAACGGGUGGACCAUCAGUCAGGGCAUCCUGUCUUACAACAUCCCCCAUCACCCUCACCUUGCUCAGCAUGGGGUACCAGAGAACUACCAUGAUCUCACUCCAGAGGAUGUUGGGCCUCCUCAUGCUCAUACUGUUACAUGGAGCUGCAGAUGAAGCAUGUCUACCUGACAUCAACCACCUGACUCUGGAGCCUCCUGUGGCGGUGGUGAGACACGGGGAUCCACUGGAGGUCAACUGCAGUACAUUGUUCAACACCCACCUAGGGAUGCACUGGGUCUCUACAGAAGGAAAUACAAGCUUGGAGAAAAAUAGCCAGUUUGUCACCUGGAACAUGACUGUGGUGGACUGGGGUACACAGGCUCGGUGCAACAUAAAGUUGAAUGGGAGUCUCCUAUGCAGUCAAGACCUUACUCUCACUGUGUACAAGAUUCCAGACAGCGUCUCCAUCUCUGUUUUGAGACACUCUGGUCCCAUGGUGGAGGGGACAGAGUACCAGCUGCAGUGUGACAUACAGAACAUCGCUCCUCUACAGAACCUGGUUGUGAAGUGGUACAAAGGGAAUGAACCCUUAGAUAAUGUAACUUACAGUAUCGUCAGUAAGACACCAGUGGAUGUGUCUGAUACUCUGAUGAUCAGCCCCAGUAGACAUGAUGAUGGAGCUCAGUAUAGAUGUAGAGCACAACUGGACCUGGGACCAGAGGGACCACAACCCCAUCCUACAGUGACAUCAGAACCUCUCAACAUUACUGUGCACUACGCUCCUGAGUUCCUUCCAGGGAAUGACACAGUGGAGGUGAGUGCAGGCAGUGAUGUGUCUCUGGACUGCAGUGCUGAGGGGAACCCUCCUCCUGAGCUGAGGUGGACCAACAACACUGCAGAGGGAAAUGCCAAUGAGACCACUGUAGGGCGCCUGCGUACUCUCAAUAUCUCCAGAGUAACAGCUAAUGCAACUUACAACUGCACAGUCACAAAUAGACUGGGCUCCAUCACCAAGCAUCAGAACCUCUCAACAUUACUGUACACUGUGAGUUGGCUAUUAAUCUUGAUAUUUUUCAUAAAUCAAAAACACAUGACGGGUAUGGCUUCCAAUUCCAAUUGAAAUCCCAUAAGUUGCAUAGUUUUGAGUGGUCUCUGAACUGCAGUGCUGAGGGGAUCACUUCUCCUGAGAUGAAGUGGAACUUCACCUCUGCACGCAAUGUGACGUUGUCCACUGAGGGGCGCCAGAGGACUAUUAGAAUCACCACAGCCACUUCUACCAACGCUGGGAUCUACAUCUGCACUGCCACGAAUAGAGUUGGGACGGCCACCAGAACAACAAGAGUAACUAUGAAAGGUAUUAUAACUGACUGACUGAGGGUCAUGUUAUGGUAGAAACGUAGCUGACCCUGAUGUAGUGAUUCCUAUUGUCAUAAGACAUACUUCAUAUUCUUUCAGUAAGAUGAAUGAAUGAAUCGCAUUUAAUUCUAAAGAGCUGAAUUGCGAAACAGAAAUCCUAGAUCACAAGCUAGCCUGAAUCAAUUCAUAAACAGAAUUGGUCUGAAUCAUGUCUAAACUCUCCUGUUCUCCUUCUAUUUCCUCCUCUUCAGAUGACCCCACAAUUAUAAUUAUUGUAAUUAUUACAUUAGUUAUCCUGGUCAGUACCCUGGUACUCCUGAAAGUCUUCUGUAUGUUGAGGAAAAGACAAGGAUAUUAUAAUUUCAUAACAAUCAACACCACAGUCGUCACCCAGCCAAACAAUGUUCCAAUGAUGCCACUGUGUACAACAGGGGUAGACAAAUCUGAUCCAGAGGGGUAUCCUACGAAGGUUUGAGGAGUUACCUAGGUAAAUUAUGAAAACCCUUGUGUUCAACUCGGGAUAGCCAGUCAUAUCAAAGUGUCUCACCCUUUAGCCAGGUACAUUUCAGAACGAAUCUGCUCCUGAGCAGGCUAACUCCAGUCCAGUAGAGGCUGCUGAGGGGAGGACGGCCCAUGAUAAUGGCUGGAACAGAGCGUGGAUGCCAUUCCACUGAUUGCGCUCCAGCCAUUUACCAUGAGCCCGUCUUCCCCAAUUAAGGUGCCACCAACCUCCUGUGAACUCCACUUACACUGAAUGAAACGACUGAGCCACGAGUUGAGGACCAAUGAAAUAAGAAUCCCUCUCGCUUGUAAAGAUUGUGUCAACAUCCACUUCAUUUUAGGAUGACAAUAUUUUAUUCAUGAAAUGUUUUUUGUUUGUACAUUUUUUUUAAAGGUUAAAAUAUAUCACAUUCCAAAUUUAGUAAUGACAGAAUGCAUUUUAAACUUCAUGCAGUAACACUUUUGUAUGACAUGAAAAUGAUUUGGUCUACAAGCAACAAUGGGAUUUAAUAAAUCAAAUCAUUAAAAAUACAUUUCAUCCACAUCAUUGAACAAUUCAUUCUGAAUGAAAAGCUAAAUAUAAUUUUUUCAAACAACAAUGAGACUGCGUGAUCUGCAACAUUUUUUUUUCAAUGUAAGAUUAAAGUGGGGAUUCAAUCAGACUAGUGUAUUUUCCUUGAUUUUUGAAUGUGACUUUGAGUAACAAAUCUAUGUGAGUUUACUGUUAAUGUACUUGUAUGGUAUUUGGAGUCAAAGUCAACAAUGUGUAGACUAGACACAUAGGGACGCAACUUUGGUUUUAGAAGUGGGGGGACAUAAAAACAUUUUUUUUUAAAUAUCCAGUCGGAUAAACACUCCAAGCAGCCUAUGCGACUGCUCGGAGACGUCUGCAUGGUCUUAAAGCACACCGUUGCAUCGUUUUGUAUCACAUUCCAAUGAUAAACUGUGGGGGACAAAAAAUGCAAUUUCAGAAUAUGGGAGGGGGGACGGACAUGCCCCCCAUCCCCCGUCCCCAGUGAAAGUUGCGACCCUGCUAGGAAUUACACUGUAUAAGAAAAUAACAAAAGGAAAUGUAUUACUGCCAUGUGCUCUUGAACAAAUAGUGUUGUAAAAUUUGAGGAUUUAUGUAAGUAUGAAGUAGCUAGAAUACUGUCGAUACAUGGGCCUUGAUUCAGUGGUACAGUUUGUUGAAUUGUGUUUAAACAAUCUUAACUAUGA